AAUGAUCUCGCCAUGUGCCUCGUGCGGUAAAGCAGUCUACCCUACAGAGAAACUAAACUGUCUGGACAGGACAUGGCACCGAACCUGCUUCAAGUGUCAGGAAUGUGGAAUGACCCUUAACAUCAAGAACCAUAAGGGGUAUGAGAAGAAGCCGUAUUGUAAAGCUCAUUAUCCCACGGUGAAAUACACCCAAGUGGCAGAGACUCCAGAAAACAAACGACUCAAAGGAAACUCCGACGCGAACAGUAAAGCAAAAUACCAGGCAGAAUUCCAAAAACAAAAAGGAACUAAAAUCUCAAUCUCCGACGACGCUGCUGGAGAGCAACUCAAACAAGUUCAAGCCUUUCAGAGCCAUUCUCAAUAUCAGAAAGAAUUUAAAGAGUCAAUCGUGGGUUCCAAGACAUCUGUAGCACACGAUAUGGACAGCAUGAGAUUAAAGCAAGUACAGGAGCAAUCCAGCAAAUCGGCUUAUCAGAAGGAAUUUAACGAACAAAUAAAAGGAUCUGCAACCGCAACUACAAACGAUAUUAAAGGAGCCUAUCUGAAGGACCAACAGAGCAUGAACAAGUAUCAGGAAGAGUAUAAGAAGAACAUAAGAGGAACUAAAACCUCGGUAGCUGAUGAUCUCAUGGCCAGUCACUUGAAAGACGCACAGACCAAGAUAUCAAGCAUUGGGUACAAGCAAAAGACUGUCUCCGGGUCAUCCAGACCAACUUCAAUGAUAUCAGAAAGUGGUUCCAUUGUUAUUGAGGACGAGCAGGUUGUUGUGAAGGGUUCCUCUGAAAAUGACUCAGGGUUCGAAGAGCCAACCAGCCUGUCUGUCCCACCAGAAUCUAACUCAAUCUCUACCGACCCGGAUCUGACACCAGUAGUAAAUCAUGAGUGUGAAGAUGAUGUAUUUACCACAUCAGUUACUGAAACUGAGGUUCCUCAACCUGUGAAAACAGUCAAUGGAACAGAGAACAGAGACCUUGAAUCGAGUGAAUUGUCAGAGUAUGAAGUGGAGAGGUCGGGAAGUUUCACCUCUAAUUGUAGUGCAACAUCCUUUCUUCAGAGAUCACCAUCUGGACAGGAGUUCAACACCACAAGUACGGCGUCUCCCGUAUCCGUGUCAGUCAGUAGAAUGAAGAAAAUUCAAAAAAUGUCCGAGAGUAUAAACGUGUUCAGAACAACUCUAACCCAAGGAGCGCUACGCAGGCUUAUCAAAGACGACUGAAACUUCGAAAAUCAUUAAAAUACAGAGUUCAGAAAUAAAAGCAGUUGAUUGUUAACUUGGGAGUUAACGAGUUGACGUAGUCAGAGUGGCGACAAAGAGAGACACAUACAGUGAGUGUUUACGCGGAGCAUCUAUAUUAAAUUGUAAAUACGUUAAAUUAUUAUUAUUAGAUAUCGUCCUACAGUUUUUAUGAUACGAACUUUAAAAUCUGAGAUUUUAAAAAUAUUCUUAUUUUGUGUAGUUCAAAAACAAAAAUCAUGAGCACCAUGUAGAUUUAAUAUGGAUGCAUGUAAACACAUAGAGAUAAAAAGACAGGAUUCCGAGUAAAUGAACUUGAGCAGUGGGAAAUGUUUAGUAGCCUGAGUUGUAUUCUUGAGUUGAAGCUCAGGAAAAGUGGACCGUACUCGUGGUUUUGGAUCUCAAGAUGGGUAUUGCUGAUUGUAGUUAAUUUUCCUUUCGCC